UUUUGUUUGAUGAUCACUUCCUGUUUCUCUCAGGGAGCUAGACGUGUGCUCAGGACUCUAAAAGCGAGCAACUGUCUUUGCCAAUAAGGCAGAGCAUCUUGAGCUGAACAGACUUCUACAAAAACUUGGAAAACAAGAAGUCAAAGACAGGUGGAAACACUGAAAAUAUGGAGUUCAGUUUCAUAAAGAGGUUUGUCCUUUUCUGCAUUCUGGGUGUUAUGGUGUUCAUCUUCUACCAUGGAUGGCCUAGAAUAACCCAGUACCCCACCCUAAACCAGUACCCCACCCUAAAUCCAUUAAGGAGCGAAAAAAAUCUGACCAUCCUGUUCUGGUACAGGCCCUUCAAAUAUCCAUUCAGUCUGAAGGGUGACGUUUGCUGGGAUCUCUACCAAAUACCUCAUUGUAAGCUGGUGGACCAGCGCUCCUUCUACCCCACCGCUGAUGUUGUAGUGUUCCAUAACAGAGAACUGAUUGAAGGAAGUCAGAAGCUGCCCACUGACCUCCCUCGUCCACAGGGCCAGAGGUGGGCCUGGAUGUCCCUGGAGUCCCCUGAUAACAACGGAGACCUGCGGCGGUUUGCUAAUCUCUUCAACAUGACCAUAUCCUACAGGAGAGAUGCUGAUAUCACUGUACCGUAUGGUGAGCUGCUACCUGUGGAGACUGAGGAACGCCUGGUGGAGGACAGGCGUGUGAAUAAAAGCUCUUUGGUCUGCUGGGUGGUCAGCAACUACAGGAGCCACUACAAAAGAAGCCAAGUGUACAAAGAGCUGAGUGCUACAGUUCCCAUUAAGGUUUAUGGCCGCUGGAGUAAUACACCUCUCUCCUCUGAAGGCCUCUUACCUACCAUCUCACGCUGCUACUUUUAUUUAGCUUUUGAGAAUUCUGUGAGCAAAGACUACAUCACAGAAAAGCUGUGGUACAACGCUUACCUAGCAGGAGCUGUGCCUGUUGUGCUGGGACCAUCCAUAAAUCACUACAAAGCCGUGGCUCCGGAACAUUCUUUUAUUCACGUUGACGAGUUUGCUUCAAUAAAAGAUCUGGGAAAGUACCUGCAACAGCUUGCAGGUGACAAGAAGAGGUACAACGAAUACUUUAACUGGAAAAAGCACUGGAAGGUGAAAAUGAGCAAAGGCUGGAGGGAAACGGCGUGCAAAAUCUGCACACGUUACGAUACAUUGCCUCAACACAAGGUUUAUUAUGAUCUAGAGUCCUGGGACAAAACUACUCUUUAAUAUGAAUCUACAGAAAACGUCCACGUCUAUAGAUGUCAUAAUGCUACAGUCAUCAUGAAUAUUCCCAUUGUGAAGUGUUUUAAAAUAAUUUUCUACCGCUAGUCUGCCUACCAUAUACAAUACUCAGAUUGAAAAGGGACGAAAUGGUCAUAUCCUGCAGCGUGAGACACAAAUAACAUUGGUUUAUCUCACCCCAGGAUGUGUGGUUGUUGGUUGCAGCUGAUGUUCUUCUCUCCUGAAAUGAAACCUGCUUCGUUGAAGCUUUAAACUUCCCCAGUCUAAUUAAAUUCUGCUGUUACUAAUA